AUGGCCGACACCAACACCACCAACACCGAUGUCUUCGAAGACAUACUCAAUCUCGAAGACCAAUACUAUCGCGAGGGCUACGCUCUCGGUGUAGCAGAUGGUUCCCAGUCCGGACGCAUCGAAGGCCGCAUUUUCGGGCUCCAAAAAGGGUUCGAAAAGUUCUUGGAAAUGGGCAAGCUGAAUGGCAGAGCUGCGGUGUGGGAAGCACGACUCCCUGGCAACAUGUCUUCUGCGACCACCAGCAGCUCCGAGGUGCGCCCGUUGAGUGGCAACGAACGUCUUCGAAAACAUGUCGAACGACUCGCUGCGCUGAGUGAUCCAAAUGAUUUGAGUACGAAGAAUAAUGAAGAUGAUGUCAGCGAGUUUGAUGAUCGCUUGAAGGACGCGAAAGCCAAGGCGACGUUGAUUGCGAGAAUUGUGGGCGAGGACGAGGUUUCAAUUGCUACUGCCACGGCUGCUGCUGAUACGGAUGCUAGAGGCAAGGCGCUGAGAGUGCGGAGGAACGUCACUGCAGAGGGCGUCGCGGGACGCAAUACGGGAGAAAUGGAGGAUUUUCUGGGAUUGCCGACUCGAAGUUGAUCUGCUCGAUCAACCCUUUUGCCUAAAAGUACACUGGCAAUAUGGACGACUAUCCGGGUUCAAGAUGAUUACAUAUUACUCCUCAAGAGCAUUCAACACGACCAACUGGGCUCCCAUCGGAGAUUCUGCAUCGAUAGAUAGUCAUCGACGUCCAGCGUCCGUCGAGCAAUCUUGAUCAUGGGCCGAUAUGAGCAGAAACAUUCCAGCAUUCCGAUAUCGGCCUCAGCUGGUUUACAGAGCGUGAUAUACGACAAUAGCACCCCAGGCGCAUCACGUGAUCCCUCCAUGGUCUGGUUGAUUGAUGUAGUGGUUAUCAUUCCAGAUUUUGAGAAGUUCAGCAGUGAAACUGUGAACGAGAUUAAAAAAUUCUGGCAACCCCGGUUCGAAUCCGGGAUCGACCUCGCUUGUCCCAUGCUCCUCUCGCGUGCAGAAUUGCCACUGGGCCCGGGGUAGCUUUUUUGCCCUUUGAUUCAAGGUUCCAUCCAAUGCUUCAUCCUUGUGGAUCUGGUCAG